GAAAAUGCAACGACUAUAUAAUAUGAGCCUUUUGUUUAGAUACCUUCAUCUGUAUUCUUCUUCCCUUGCUCUACAAUCAUGGAGCUUUCCAACAAUUUUUUUAGCUUUACCUUAAUGGCAUCCUUUCUCUUCCUCUGGCUACUAUUCAAAAUAGUUAAAACAUGGAAUACUUCUAAAACUUCUAACGCCAACUUACCACCAGGACCAUGGAGACUACCCUUGAUAGGGAACAUACAUCAGAUUAUCAGCUGCCCGUUGCCUCAUCGUUCCUUCAAAACUAUGGCCCAAAAGUAUGGACCUAUGAUGUACCUAAAACUCGGUGAGGUACCAUACAUAAUAGUUAGUUCACCAGAAAUAGCCAAAGAGAUUAUGAAAACACAUGACCUCAGCUUUUGUGAUAGGCCAAGCCUUAUGUUGCCCACAAUAUUUAGUUACAAUGGCACUGAUAUUUUAUACUCUAGAUAUGGAGAACCCUGGAGGCAACUACGGAAAAUAUGCGGCACCGAGCUAUUGAGUCCAAAGCGUGUCCAGUCAUUUAGGUCCAUAAGAGAAGAAGAGGUGGGUGAUCUUGUUAAAUCAAUAGCUGCAAGUGAAGAAUCUGUUGUUAAUCUUUCUCAUAAGAUUUCCGAUAUGACGCAUGCGUUUGUGGCGAGGGCAGCUUUUGGGAAAAGGAUUAAACACCAACAAGCAUUCAGAUCAGCAAUUGACGAAAUAUCAAUUUUGCUAGGAGGAUUUUGUAUUGCUGAUUUGUAUCCAUCCAUUAAAAUGCUUCAAAGCAUGAGUAUGGCGAAGACAAAGUUUGAAAAACUUCACAAAGAGGUUGAUGUGAUAAUGCAAGAUGUCGUGGAUGAUCACAGAAGCGUUCACAGGAAUGUAAGCAAGGAUGAAGAUAUAGUUGAUGCUCUUCUCCAGAUUCAACGGGAAAGUGAACAAUCACAACAUCCUGUUACCGACAUAAAUAUAAAAUCAAUCAUCCUGGACAUGUUUUCUGCUGGUAGUGAAACAUCAUCAGGGUUUAUGGGAUGGUGUAUAUCUGAGAUUAUAAAGAAUCCAAAGGUAAUGGAAGAAGCGCAAGCUGAAGUAAGAAGAGUGUAUGACAAAAAAGGGUAUGUAGAUGAGACAGAGUUGCACCAAUUAAUAUACUUAAAGUGUGUCAUCAAAGAAACACUAAGGCUACAUCCCCAUGCACCAUUGUUACUUCCAAGAGAAUGUAGGGAGAGAUGCCAAAUUAGUGGGUAUGAUAUCCCAGCUAAGGCAAUGGUAUUGAUCAAUGCUUGGGCUAUUGGAAGAGAUCCAAGGUAUUGGGUUGAUGCUGAGAGUUUUAAACCUGAGAGAUUUCUUAAUAGUACAAUUGAUUUCAAAGGCACAGACUUUGAAUUCAUACCAUUUGGUGCUGGAAGAAGGAUUUGUCCAGGAAUUGGAUUCGUCGUUGCGAUUAUUGAGCUAACUCUUGCUCAAUUACUUUACCACUUUAAUUGGAAGCUUCCUAAUGAUAUGAAAAAUGAAGAACUAGAUAUGACUGAGUCACCUGGGGUUACGGUAACAAGAAAACAUGACCUAUGCUUGAUUCCUAUUAUUCGUCGUCUUUGAUAUGUGUUGCUUAAGCAAACAAGUUCACAAAGUAUUUAUUUUUUCAUAAAUGAAUAUCUUGCUAAUAAAGCUUCUAAGCUAUUCAAGUAUGGUUCCAUAAUGUUGUAUCAGACAUUAAUCCGAGAAAAAUGUUUUCCUAGAUUGUCAGGGAAGAAAUCCACUUGCAUAUGAAAGAAGUUGUGUCUACCUCUCUCCAGCUUUCUUCUCUCCGAAGGUCUGCUGUGUCCGAGGUUUCUAAUUCGAUCAGAUUGCUGGUUGGUUGGCUUGUUUCUCUUUUUUUGUUGUUUUUGUUGUUUUCUACUUUGGUUUGUUUUCUCGGUCUAAGUUUUUGUUUGCGCAAUGCUGGUGCUCUUAUUUCAUGUUGUAAAAUAAAGUUUUCAUAUAUUGAAAGUGUUGUGAAAAG